CUCUUAAGAGGGAACCGAGUUAGCGUCCUGGGCCCCCGCAUCAAGGAGGGCGCCCUCGCGAGUGGAAGCCACGUCUGGGAGGCCGCAAGACCACAGUGAUCCCACAGCUGGCUGAGAGGCUAGGCUUUGGAGGAAGAUGGCAGAUGAUCAGGACCAUGCUGGAGAGCAGGGAGCUGGGGUCUCUGCAAAUGCGGACAUAGUUGAUGCUAAGCCAGACCGCUCGUCAUUUGUCCCAGCAUUAUUCGGUAAGAAGAAGAAAAGUGACUCUGCACAAUUAGUCAAGCCCAACCAGGACCAAGUGUCUUUAUAUCAAUACAACAUGAACUUCGCCAACCUGGGAAAAUGCAUCAUCAUAAACAAUAAGAACUUUGACAAAACGACAGGCAUGGAGGUCAGAAAUGGAACAGACAAAGAUGCUGAGGCCCUUUUCAAGUGCUUCCGAAGGCUGGGUUUUGAUGUGGUUGUCCAUAAUGACUGCACUUGUGACAAGAUGCAAGAUCUACUGAAAAAAGCUUCUGAAGAGGACCACAGAGAUUCAGCCUGCUUCGCCUGCAUCUUACUAAGCCACGGAGAAGAAGAUAGAAUUUAUGGAAAAGAUGGUGUAACACCAAUAAAGGAGUUGACAGCCCAUUUUAGGGGAGAUCGAUGUAAAACCCUUUUAGAGAAACCCAAACUCUUCUUCAUUCAGGCUUGCCGAGGCACGGAACUGGAUGAUGGAAUCCAGGCUGACUCGGGGCCUAUCAAUGACAUGGACGCAAAUCCCCGAUAUAAGAUCCCAGUUGAAGCUGACUUUCUCUUUGCUUAUUCCACAGUUCCAGGCUAUUAUUCAUGGAGGAACCCAGGAAGUGGCUCCUGGUUUGUGCAGGCCCUCUGCUCCGUCCUGGAUGAAUAUGGCAAAAAACUGGAGAUCAUGCAGAUCCUUACCAGGGUGAACCACAGGGUGGCCAGGCACUUUGAGUCCCAGUCUGACAACCCCCUCUUCCAUGAGAAGAAGCAGAUCCCGUGUGUGGUUUCCAUGCUCACCAAAGAACUCUAUUUCCGCCAGUGACCAUUGCUUCUACCUGAGAAGCUACAGAUAACUUGUUAAUGAAUCGAGUUAUUAUUUUUAUUAU